AUUGGCACUUAGCACUUACUUACUUGGCAGUCGAAGUAGUAACGUUAGUUGUUGUAAUUAAGUUGUGUUGUGUUAUCAAAUCACGAAUCCAUUGUCCAAUUAACACAAAACUAUCAUGGCUAAACUCUGUUUAAAAAAACAAAGCAAGAGAGUUCCAGCUGCUAGAAGAUACAAAAUAAUAAAGAAAGUAAGAGAACAUAACAGGAAAAUACGAAAAGAGGCAAAAAAGAAAUCUAUUGGGAAAAAGAACAAGAUUAUAACUGUUCCCAAUAUUUGCCCGUUUAAAAGUCAAAUCCUUGAAGAGGUUGCUGAGUAUAAGAAACGUAAAGAAGAAGAACGAUUGAAGCAAAGAGAGUUAUGGCAAAAAGAGCAAGAAGCUAAAAAGGCAGAAAAACAAACUGGCAUGGACUUAGAGACUCUUGUGUCCAAUGCUCGUACUCGCCAAAUCCUACACGAGAAGUUUAACGAUGGCCAGGAGGAAGAAGAGGUUGAGUCAAGGACAAACAAAAAGUCUGAUGGUUCUGUCAAAGCCUACUACAAGGAAUUCAAAAAGGUAAUAGAAGCAGCUGAUGUGGUGCUAGAAGUUGUUGAUGCCAGGGACCCGAUGGGCACUCGGUGUAAACAAGUGGAAGCUGCAGUCAUGGAGUCACCUACUCGUAAGAGACUCAUCAUCGUUGUAAACAAAGCAGAUUUGGUUCCAAGGGAAAACCUUGAAAAAUGGCUCAAAGUCCUUCGGGGCAGUUUUCCUACAGUUCCUUUUAAAGCCUCUACACAAAUCCAAUCACAAAAACUUGCCCAACGUAAAAUGAAGAGGAAACACAGACAAGCAGGAGGAGAACUUAAGGUGUCUGCGUGUGUAGGAGCAGAGCUGCUUCUGUCACUGUUAGCCAACUAUUGUCGAAAUAAUGGAAUUAAAACUGCUAUCAGGGUUGGUGUUGUUGGUCUACCAAAUGUUGGAAAAAGUAGCGUCAUAAACAGUCUGAAGAGAAGCAGAGCUUGCAACGUGGGAGCUACUCCUGGUGUUACAAAAACAAUGCAGGAAGUUCAACUGGACUCUAAGAUAAAGCUUCUAGACAGUCCAGGAGUUGUGUUUGCCACUAGGAAGUGCCAGGAUGAAGGGAGUUACGCUCUGAAGAACGCUGUCCGAGUACACAACAUCGACCCAUUGCCAGCUGCUACAGCUAUCUUGCAGCGCUCUACCAAGGAGCAGAUGAUGGAUUUGUACUGCUUGCCAGAAUACAACACACCAGAAGAGUUUUUCGCCCUCAAGGCACAAAGGCAAGGGAAGUUUGGAAAAGGAGGUCGUGUGGAUAUCAAUGGAGCAGCAAGGGGCCUUAUUGAGGAUUGGAACAGAGGCAAGAUCAGGUACUACACUGAGCCACCAGAGGACUCUGCCUGCCAGGUGAGCGCGGAGGUUGUACAACAGAUGGCCAAGGAGUUUGACCUAGAGACAUACUGUCAGAUGGAGACUGAUAUGCUGCAGGAGCUGCCUGAGAGCUUCCCUCAGUGCAAGCCGAUGCCCGUGGCGUCCGCAGGGCCGGUAGACGCUGCAGAGGUGGAGGAGAUGGAACAGGACAAGGCUCCAUCCUCCGACAUGUUAGCAGAUAAUGUUGUCGUGGAUGAAGUAAAAGAGUAUUCAAAGAAACAGAAAAUCAAAGUUCAAAAAGCCAACAAAGCUGCUAAAAAACAGAAGACAGAAGAGGAAUUGAUUGACAAACAGUUACUUCUUCCAGGAAAUGAGCGUAAAGCUAAAAAGUUUGUAAAAUUGAUAGCGAAGAAAAAAAGGAAAAAUGCUAGUCGAACAGAAAAAGCUAUGGUUGAAAUGGCUGGGAAUCUUGAGAAUUUUACACUGUAAGAUCUUGGAAGGAUAGGAGUUAUCCUAAAACUGUUUGUACAUUAAAAUAUUUAAAAUAAAUAUUUUACUUUUAA